CGAGGCGAAUGCCAGUCGGCUCGGCAAUCGUCUUUGUAUUCGUAUUUCUGCUUAUCCCAUACGAAUCUUAUACGGCUAUUAUUUAAAUAACGUUCGAUUAAUGCGAGCGCUUCCAGUGUGUGUGCACCAUUCACCGAUGGCACAGCCUGUCGUUGUUAUUAUUGCACAAUUGUAGGCGCGCGUUUUGUUUUGACAAACGAUGGGCGAUUCGGCCAAGCAGGUCGAAGCCGAAAAAUCGGCGUUGUUGUUGGAAGAGACAUUUUAUAUACAGUCGAAGAAAAACACGGUUUUUAAAGUGAGGUUAACGGAGAAAGGGUUGAGUUUGAGAAAGGAGUGCAAUGGGGCUACCACCAAGGAGCAGACUAUAUGUCUGGAUGACAUUAUCGGGUGCAAGUGCAUGCGGAGCAGACGCCGCAGGAAUGUAGGAGGAUCUUGUGUUUGUUCGAGGUCCCCGAAGUCCUCAGACUCUUUAAAAGUUGUCGAUGAAAACUCUUUAGACGGGGACGAGUCCGAUUCGAGUGCUUAUUUAUACAUUUAUGCUUAUACAUUAAAAAGACGAAAACGUGGUCUGGCUAACACCAGUAGGGAACGUACUUCGAUAACCUUAAGGUUCAGGUCUUUCGAUAAGUACGAGGAUAAUAAUAAAGAGGCACAGAAAUGGAGAUACGCUCUGAAAUGUUUAGUGCGCGGUAUGAGCCCUACAAUGGACGUUAUAGACCCCAUCGAUACGAGAAAAGUGCUCAUUUUGUUGAACCCUAAAUCGGGCCCUGGAAAGGCCAGGGAGUUCUUCCAGAAGAGGGUUGCUCCGGUCCUGGCUGAAGCAGAGAUACCCUACGACCUGCACGUGACCCGCCGGGCAAACGACGCCCGCGACCUGAUCCGCCGCCGCUUCUUGAACUCGAACAACCGGCAGCAGUGGCGGUGCAUCGUCGCCGUCGGCGGGGACGGCCUCUGCUACGAGGUCGUCAACGGGAUGUUCGAGAGGGAGGACUGGCGGGACGCCGCCAAUGCGGUCCCGUUGGCGAUCAUACCGUGCGGCAGCGGCAACGGACUGGCCAGGACUAUAUGCCACUUGUACGAUGAGCCGUACAGCCCCAAGCCGGUUUUGGGAGCAGCUUUGGCCGUAGUAAAAGGGCGCUCCGCCCCAAUGGACCUGGUACGAGUUGAAACCACAAACAAGAUAAUGUAUUCCUUCCUAUCAGUUGGAUGGGGUCUUCUCGCCGAUAUCGACAUCGAAAGCGAGAGAUUAAGGGCCAUCGGAGCCCAAAGAUUCACAAUUUGGAGUCUUCUAAGAUUGGCCACUCUAAGGACGUACAAAGGCACCGUUUCGUAUUUGCCUGUCUCCAAAGAACUUUUGGAAAAGAGAGGACUGAUGACCGAGUCAGACAGUGAAAGCAAGAGAUACAUUAACUCAAACAGGACCAAUAAUUUAACGCACAGCAUAUCCCAGAAUCUAAAAAUUGAUGAUUCUGAUGAUAAUUUGCAGUCGCACAACGAUUGGUCAUUUUUGGAUUUGAAUUCCUCCGCAGGUGCAUGUGCAGCUUGUGGGGGUUCUUCAGCAGGCACCUGUGAUUUGUGUGAUUCAGGAUUUGGAGAUGCAAUUAGUCUAGAAACUGAAUCGCCGCCUCCAAAGGGCAGUGUUCAGCAGCAGCAAAGGAGCAGCGAAACUGGCAGCUACAUGGAAGGCAGGCAAAGGCUGGAUUCGUGGUAUUCCACUACCAGCAGGAGGAGUACUUACUACUCGGCAGCGGGGGUUUCUUCUUACCACAGUGUGGAUGGUGAUACUCUUUGUGGUGACAAUAGCACCAUAGGCGGAAGUGAAGGAUCUGUCAUGAUGCACGGACCUGCAUCCAGGAUACCAGCACUUACAGCAAAAGUACCAGACGAGUGGGUUACCUUGAAAGGAGAAUUUGUAAUGGUCCAUGCUAACUACCAAACAUUCAUCGGUGCUGAUUGCUGUAUAGCCCCCAAGUCCACCCUGGACGACGGCAUAAUUUGGCUAAUAAUCAUCAAAGGUGGAGUCUCACGCCAAAGACUCCUGGCAUUCCUUCUAGGUUUGAGUUCAGGAACCCACGUCGAUGGGAAGAACUUCACAAACCUGAACGAAUCAGGAAAUGCCCAGGAUCCUUACGUCAGCAUGACGGCUGUGUCGGCUUUCAGAAUCACCCCUGACGAUGUGUCCAGGGGACAUGUUACCGUAGACGGUGAGAGUGUGCCUUGUGGUCCUGUUCAAGGUGAAGUGUUUCCAGGUUUGGUGAGGAUUGUUGUUCCUUGAUGAGGUUUGGAUGGACUCGAAGAGUCCUUAGAGUAAUUAAGUAAAAACAAAGGUGAAAGACAGGUGUAUACAUAAUUGGUUUAAGGAUUUGGUAACUCGUGCAGUGCUUUAGUUGACUGGUAGAGGUAUCAGUAGGAAUUAUUUCACCUAAUGCUAAAGAUUUUCAAUUACGUUUUUUUUUGUUAUUAUAGUUGAUCUAUAAUAUAACAUAAGUAUAAUUUAUUAUACUUGUUGGAUUUG